AACCCGCGGAGAAUGACAAUCUCCCGUUUAUCUAGGCAUCAAGCUACCAUGGCGAACCUAUCACUCAUUCUGCUUUUGUACAUGGAACUGCGACAGUCUACAUAAACGAUCAUUGAACGUUGAUUUAUCAUAUCCUGCUCCUACGGGUAAUCGCUUGCGGUUUGCAUGUCCGACAUAAGAGUCGGAGACAACUGCGACGCGACUCUCAUCUAAGCGCAUUCUCGACAUAUGCGAUCUUGCUCUUGCAAUUCCUCAUCUCCUCCUUCCUGUGCAGAGGUUUCCAUUCAUUAAAAAAAAUAUGAACUCUCAGGCUUUUGAUAUUUUCCCGCUGGAGCGGUUCCAGGGCUCCGAUGCGACCAUAAGACGUCCCAGGGAGAUCGCUUGCUUUUCCUAUGAUGAUGAGCAUCGCUUCCAUCUCGACGACUCCUCCCUCCGCUAUUAUUACCCUCCGGAUCUGCCUGCAGACUUGAGUCGUGGUUUCGAUACGUUCCAGCAGCUAGACGACUCUGGAGACGAACACUUGGAUGCCCUCUUGGAAACAAUAAUGGCGCAUGAAAAGAGUACGGGGUCGAAAUGUGAGGCCGAUGUCAUAACCUGGAGAGGCAUGAUGACAAAGAUCAUGACCGCUCCUUUCGAUAUUAUGAAUGGGUUCGAAAUGAAUGUGACGAAUUUCCAAGGUACAAUCUUCAUUGAAGAAAACAACGCGUAUAAAAACGAACAGAAGCGAGCACAGCGGAACCAGAGGAUGCCCCCAGGAAUGCCGUCGCAAGACAUGAUGUCUUUCUGGGGCUACAAAUUCGAGACCUUAUCGGUACUCUCCAAACCAUGGGACCCCACACCUCGAGAGGAAAUCGAAGGCCGCGCCGAUCAGAUCGUGAAUAAUAAGGCCCAAUAUUGUUCCGUUGUCCGUACUGGGAUAGGGAAAGCAAAGAUGAUCAUCGGAGGCGAGGUCGAUGCUGUGUGGGAUUGCAAACCUGAAAGAAAGGAAGAUCCGAUCAAUUGGGUGGAAUUGAAGACAUCGGCCGAGAUAAGAAAUGAUCGAGACAUGCUCAAGUACGAGCGAAAAUUGCUCAAAUUCUGGGCUCAGUCGUUCUUGCUCGGUGUCCCGAAGAUUAUUGUCGGAUUCCGUAACCAGGAUGGCAUUUUGCAGCGUUUGGAAGAGCUCGAGACUCACGCGAUACCCGGAAAAGUGAAGCGGGUUGGGAAAGGUACAUGGGAUGGAAACAUAUGCAUCAAUUUUACUGCUGGGUUCCUAGAAUGGCUUAAGAUGAAAGUUCAAGGGCAAGGCCUGUGGAGAAUUCGAAAGCGUGAAAAGUCUCCGGUUAUCGAACUGUUCAAAGUUGAAGAAGGCGGGCAUGGCGAUAUCAUUUCUCCUGCCUUCAUGGCGUGGCAACGUGGCACAGUUCAGCGCCAUGCGCCACGCGACAUGCGUAUUGAGGAAGAUCGCCUUGCGUAUCUUCUCUUGAAUGGGCUCGAAGCCUAUUACCGCAAGACGAUACGCCGUUUCCGACGCAUGGGUAACAUUUGCGUGGACAUGUUUCUCCAGAGGACGUGGCCCGACCUCUUUGGGCCCUCCUAG